AUGGGCCCGCUUACAAUCUUUCAAAAGCUCUUCUACCCAGUGAAAAUGAUAGCCUUGAUCGGCAUCUCCAUUCUGGGCGCAGCUCUCAUGGGACUCUACACAUUCCAGAAUCUGCUUAUUUACCCUGCUUCCAUGAACGAUGGUCAUGGCUAUUGCGCUAGACCCGAGGAGUUUGGGAUGCCUGAUUACGAGGAUUUAAAGCUGCCGGACUACACCAACAAGACGGUGCUUAUCCUUUCUCCUAACGCCGGCAAUAUCGGCCACGCUUUGCCAAUCGUGUCGAUGUUCUACAAGAACUUCGGUUACAAUGUCUUUAUUUACUCUUACAGAGGCUACGGCAAAUUAGACGCUCAGGCCAUGAUGAGCUACAUUGCCAAGGACGAACAACUUCUGGAAUCUUCCUUGGUUCUCUACGGCAGAUCCCUUGGUGGAGCUGUUGCCAUCUACAUUUCAUCGCUCAUGGGCGCCAGCGUCCAGGGUCUCAUUUUGGAGAACACCUUCCUCUCCAUUCCAAAGACAGUGCCCCACAUUUUCCCUUUCCUCAAAUACUUUACCAUGUUCGUGCACCAGAAGUGGGAGCUGGAGCGUUUGGUGCCACUCAUACCCGCUAACAUUCCUGUCUUGUUCCAAAGUGCCAGAAAAGACGAGAUUGUUCCUCCCAGUCAUAUGGACAGAAUCUACGAGCUCUCACAGUCGACCGACAAGACGUUUUACAAGUACACACACUCACAGCAUAAUGACACUGUCGUGCAACCAGAGUAUUGGGAACGUGUGCAUGAUUUCAUCAAGAACAAGGUGAAUCCAGUUGGCUAUUGA